GCCACGGCUAAUUCAGAACUACAUUAAAACGGGAGAACGGCGUCUUGUAAGUCGUUCUGUAAGCCAUGAGAGGCGGUUUGGCGAAAGUGGAAUAACCGCUAACCGAGAAACAGCGACUCGGGAUCAGCACCAUUCAGCGCACAUACAGCCUACGUAGGUGAUUUUGAGUGUAAAUGGCUGGCAGAAGUGCAAACGGUCGCCACGGGUUGCGGGGCCACGCAGGGAGGACCGCGGCUCUCGCCCGGCUGGUUCACAAGGAAUGCAUACAACUCCUGGAGAUAUACAGAAACAGUGAAUCACUGCCGUCCCUGCCGGCCGACGGAGGUUAUUUAGUGUCCAUUCCUCCAUUGGUUCCUCAGCUGUCAGAUGCGGAAAAAAUAUCUAUCCUGCAUGCUGCGCUCAAGGAGAGUCUGCGACUUCUGGAAGAUGUCAUUACCCGGGAGGACGCAGAAUUUUCUGGCGAAGACAGCGAGUACAAGAGAAAACAGAAAACUGUGAGGGAUCGCCUGGGGCACCUGUUGGCAAGCACAGAGCAGCUGCUAGUGGAUGGCCAAAGAUUUGAAGCUGAAGUUAAAGAGGAGCUGGAUGGUCAGGCGGCCAGUGGGGCUUUCGGUCUGAAGAUGUGGAUCGUACGAGUGCUGCAGGACCUUGUGCACUGGACCGGCCAAACAUCUGAGACCCUCCACUCAAUGCCAGCAGAGACGGAGAAAGCACCAAAGACCAGGUCCCUAAGGACAAGAAGAGGCGCCGGGAAAAUAAGGAAGUGAGACUGGAUAUGUGAUGAAAAAAGGGAAUGAAAGGGUGGAGAGGAAGAGGUCAGUAUGAUAAGAAUGAGGAGAAGGAAUUUCAUUACAGCAUGGAGAAUGUAGAGAGUCAGAGGAUCUGGAUGCAGCAUUCCAGCACGGGGAGGGUUUGGACAAGAUUAUAUUUUAUUAAAGUUAUUCUAAUAUAUUUCUUACGUUACAUUAGAUUUUAGACCGUAGCAAUGAAUGUAAAUGUACUGUAUGGUUUUAACACCUUUUUUGAGAUUGUUGACCUGUAGAUUGUUGAUUCAUAGCUUUCGUUUCUUGAAAAGAUUGACAAUGACAUGAUGAUCAAAGCGAGUUAAUAUAUUAUACUUUUUUGCAUAUUUGUGUCUACAAGGGAUGGUUCGCACAAAAAUGAACGUUCUGUCAUCAUCGACGCAGCCUCAUGUCGUUCUGAGUCUGUAUUAUUAAACCUGCAACAAAAAUGUUGCUAGCACUUUACAAUAAGAUUUGUUAACAUUAACUGAACGUCCAUUCGUAUUAAUCCAAGUUAAUCUUGAUUUCAGCAAAAAAGAAGCAGGUUUUGUUAAACAUAACAUUGCUUAAUACACUGUUAACUAACAUGAACCAUAAACAAUUAUUAUUUUUAUGACCCAAAUUAAAAAAUAUAUUGCUCAUUGCUAGCUUACAUGAGUUUAUUUAUUACCUAACAAAUAAAACUUUACUCUAAAGUGUUACCAAAACAUAUAUUUUUCUUGCUUUUAGUUUUUUUUUUUUUGACACAUACGUUUUCCAAAUAUCUUCUUUAUACAGAUUUGGAAGGACAUGAGUAAAUGGUGAAGAAAGAUUUUUUGGUGGUCUAUCCUCGGACAUUUCUCCUCAAAAUGAUAAUCUACUGUUUCAAAUAUCUAAAACAAUCUACUGCACAAACAGCGAUGCAUUAACUUAAAAAGACUGCUUCUUGUCGUUCUCCUUACAUAUGCAGUGGGCAGCUAUUAAGUGUACCAUCUGCUGAUGUUUGUUUGGAUUAAUUCUUCCAUCUACACUCAUGAAGCACUCAUGCCCUCUGCUGGCUACAUAAAGUUUCGCUUUUUAUUCCAGGUCAACUUGUUAGAUGCGACUCUGAGAGAAAGGGGUCCAGACAAGGCCUUUUUCAUGGUGAUUGAAGUCAUUGUGCAGUUACACUGAUUUGAUCAUUUUCAGUAUAUACUCAAAAUCUAUUUCUUAACAAGCCGACAUCGGUCUUUGAUUUAUGUGGCAUACUGUAUGGAGGAACUCCAUUAUGAUUCAGCACCUGGUUACUGUAUAAAGAGACUGGAAUUGGUGAAGAAAGAAAAAACACUACCAUAUAAUAAUUUAUUGUUAAUAUAUGCAUUUUAUACUUGCACUGCAAUAAAUGACAAUAUCUGAGCUGUCAUCCAAA